UUACUAUUAUCCCCAUAUACUAAGCUAGCUAGAUAGUAAUAAGAAUUCUCCAUCCAUGUAAGAGAGAGAGAUAAAAGAGAGAUCCAAAUUUGAAAUCCUUCAAAUUUCAAGAUCUUUAAUUUGUUGUUGUAGUUGAGGUUGACAUCAUAGCAAAAGCUGAAAAAAAACCAAGAAAAUCCCAAGAUGACAGAGAAAGAAGCUUUACUCUCAUCAAAUGCUCUCACUCAAACCCCAACCCCUGCAGGAUCCAUAUCCAAUCCCCCUUGCCCUCCUCCUAAGAAAAAGAGAAACCUUCCAGGAACCCCAGGCAAGAACAAAUCAAAGAUCCUUAUUUACUUUCAUUUCUCUCUUUGUUUUACAUAUGAUCUGAAAAGUUUUGUGUGUACUGUACGUGCAGAUCCAGAAGCUGAAGUGAUAGCUUUAUCGCCAAAGACGCUGAUGGCCACCAACCGGUUCCUGUGUGAGAUUUGUGGGAAAGGGUUCCAGAGGGAUCAGAAUCUUCAGCUGCACAGAAGAGGGCAUAAUCUGCCAUGGAAGCUGAAGCAAAGGAGCAGCAAAGAAGUGCGGAAGCGCGUGUACGUGUGCCCGGAAAAGAGCUGCGUCCACCACCACCCUUCCAGGGCUCUCGGCGACCUCACCGGAAUCAAGAAGCACUAUUGCCGGAAACACGGCGAGAAGAAGUGGAAAUGCGAGAAGUGCUCUAAGCGCUACGCCGUGCAAUCCGAUUGGAAAGCCCAUUCCAAGACUUGUGGGACUAGGGAAUAUAGAUGCGACUGCGGAACUGUUUUCUCAAGGAAAGAUAGCUUCAUAACACACAGGGCGUUUUGCGAUGCAUUAGCAGAAGAGACGGCAAGAGUUACGGCAGCGUCCAAUAUGCAAAACGCGGCGGCGGUGGCGGCUCUAGGCAGUAACAUCAACUAUCACUUUAUAGGAGCGCCGCCGCCGAUAGGGCCCGGCGCCGGCAUGGCGGCGCCACAUUUUGGGUCCAUUUUCAAGUCAACAAUAGGCGCAGGCAACGAUGAAAACAUGAAUCCAGUAAGACAAGGGCAGCUCCCGGUGUGGAUGGCUCCGGGCCAGACAAUAACAUCCCAGUUGCAAGGUCAUCAAGAGUUCCAAUCUUUUGGUUCUGAGAAUCAUCCUAUGGUCACUACUACUACUUCAUGUUCAAAUCCUCUUUCCUCGUCCAGCAGUUUUCAGUUGAACUGGAAUAAUCUUGUUGGGAACAAGAUUAGUACUACCUCAAACUCAAACAGUACUAAUAACAAUAAUGGUGAGGAUAAGAUGGAUGGAAAUCAGGCACAGGUAGUGAGUGUUCAAUCCUUGUUUAGCACCCAACACCAUCCUCAUCAUCAUCAAAUGCCUUCUGCAAACAUGUCGGCAACCGCGUUGUUGCAGAAGGCGGCUCAGGUUGGAGCCACCACAAGUGACCCUGGAUUCCUAGGAAGCCUAGGAUUGAAGUGCAACAACAAUAACAAUGGGAAUGAGAACAAGUUUUCAGGAUUAUUAUAUGCAGAAACCUCAAUCUCAAUGGUUUCUAGUCAUCUCGGGAGUGAAAUGGAGAGCCCAGUGGAUGGUCUCUCCACUUUGAGCCAUGUUGAUCAGAUGUACCCUUCCAAGCGUCGACACAUAACACAGAAUGAAGGGGGAGGUGGGCAAACUAGGGAUUUCUUGGGAGUUGGAGUACAGUCAAUCUGCCACCCUUCAUCAAUCAACGGAUGGAUAUGAUGAAUCUGUUAAAAAAAAAUAAUAAUAGGAAAGAAGGGAAAAAAAGAAAAGCUAAGCUGACAAAAAAGUGGAGUGGGAUGUUGGGGGAGGUAUGGAAAAAGAGAGGGGAUUUUAGUAUUUGCUUGCAACCUUUGCAGGGCAGAAAAGGUGGCAUUUGAGUGCUUGAAGAAAGCCAAAAGAAAAGU